GCCACCAUGACCCUCAAAAUUUCCCAACUACUUCACAUUCUCCUUUGGCUAUCCCUAAUAUUAUUCUUGCUUUUUCAUGAGUAUUGCAAUCUCAACUCCAAGAUCAACAAGCCUACUAACCCUAAAAAUCAUCAUCACCACCCUUUCAACAAUGGAAGAAAAGUUCUUCUAGCUAGCAAAUUUGACUUCUCUCCUUUCUUCAACCACCAUCAUCGCCAUAAACAUCCUCCGCCCGACCCUUCAGACACAGAGAUUGAUCCGCGCUAUGGCGUCGAGAAGCGCCGUGUACCAACCGGUCCAAAUCCAUUACACCAUUGAUGAGAAUGAAGCCUCAAACCUAAGGGGGUUGGUGCAUGAAAAGAUUAGAGGCAAAAAAAAUUUAAUGGUUAGUAGUGGAAGCUUUGAUAUUGAUAUUAAUAUAUAAUAUAACAUGGGUGCAUGAUAUAUGCUACUAAAUCCAUUUUUGUUUUGUUAACUUUUUUCUUUUUAAUUUUUUUUCUACUCAUUUUCCAUAUUCCAUAUGGACUACUGCUUGUUGAUAUUGAAACCAGAAAUUAGUUGAAUUGACCUUAUUGUAUGAUAUGAAUUAUGAUGUGAUAUUAUAUUAUAUGUUAUUAAGUUCAUUAAUUUAUUUGUUUCCGAGUUACCAAAAAACAAAAAAUUGAAAAUUACCACACAUUUUCAGGUUUUCAGUGCAUUUUGAGUUAUGAUGAUUACCAUGAUUUAUUUAAUUUUUUUUUCUUAUUUCGUCAAUGUAAUAAUGAUUCAUGAAAG